UCUUCUGGGCUUAUCAAAUAUUCAUCUACCCUGUUUCAUUCUAUUUUUCUGCCUUCAAAACAUUUCUUAUGUAUACAAUAUCUUUAUUCUUUGCAGCAUGCAAUCGCCUUAGCAAUCAGGGAGCAACUUUACGAGAUUGCGAUUCAAAAUGUAGCUUCAGCAAGAGAGAACAGAAUAAACAAAAAGGGUCGCCGGGCAGCUGAACAUUUCCCUAUCAGUAAAGCUAGUGGUGCUGCAUUGGACCUGAUGAAGUUAUUCAGUUUCAGAUCAAGUGUUAUUCGGAAAAGAAAGGAGUGGGACAAUUAUAAACCCGUUCUUGAUGUUUUAUCGAAUGAAGACGUGGAUGCUCUUGAAGCCAAAAAAGAGAGGAGUGGUCGGUGAGUGAAUAGACGUAGCGUGUAUAAAGGGUUAAUAUUUGAUGCACUGUUAGACUAUAAUUUUAUGUGCCUGAAGUGGUUAGUCUGAGUAUCGUAGUUUUUUUUCUUAGUUUGAGAUGAUUACGAGGGCAGUAUCUAUUAAGAAUUUUUCUUAACCAUACACAACGUUCAUACAGCUAGCAAACACAA